AAUAUUUGUCAUUUGUUUACUUGUCUUCUGCCGCACCUAAAAAUGUUAAUAUUUCUAAAACAGCACAAAAUUAGUUCACGUUGUUAUUAAUAAAAAAACCUCUCGUUUUUAACCAUGUUUACAAAUAUUUAAUUAUUCACUUUCCUAUAUUACUGUAGUGUGAUUACAAUGGCUGGAACCGAUAGAGUAUCAUUGAGCGAUGCAUUAUCAAACGUCGACGUUUUGGACGAACUUCCUUUGCCAGAUGAACAGCCUUGCAUAGAAGCCCAACCAUGUUCAGUAGUGUAUCAGGCAAAUUUUGACACCAACUUCGAAGAUCGCAACGGAUUUGUCACCGGAAUCGCGAAAUAUAUAGAGGAAGCUACCGUCCAUGCGAGUCUCAAUGAACUUUUGGAGGAAGGUCAAGAACAUGCAGUUAUGCUAUACACCUGGAGGUGUUGCUCGAGAGCUAUCCCUCAACCAAAAUCAAAUGAACAACCCAACAGAGUUGAAAUCUAUGAAAAAACAGUGGAAGUACUUGCCCCUGAAGUGAACAAACUAUUAAAUUUCAUGUAUUUUCAAAAAAAAGCAAUUGAACGUUUCUUUGAAGAAGUGAAACGGUUAUGCCACACAGAAAAAAGGAAAGAUUUUGUCUCAGAAGCUUAUCUUCUCACACUUGGAAAGUUCAUUAACAUGUUCGCGGUCUUAGAUGAGUUAAAGAACAUGAAAUCCAGCGUGAAAAACGACUAUUCUACAUAUCGCAGAGCUGCACAAUUUUUGAAAGUCAUGUCAGAUUCACAAACUUUGCAAGAGUCACAAAAUCUUUCCAUGUUUUUGGCAACGCAGAACAAAAUUCGCGAUGCCGUUAAAGAAAACCUUGAAAGGAUUAACGGUUAUGAAGAGUUGCUUGCGGAUGUGGUAAAUAUAUGCGUGCACAUGUUUGAAACUAAGAUGUAUCUCACGCCUAGUGAGAAACACAUGCUUGUAAAAGUAAUGGGGUUUGGACUCUUCCUAAUGGAUAGCGAAUUGUGCAAUAUUAACAAGCUAGAUCAGAAAAAGAAAUUGAGGUUGGAUAGGAUUGAUAGAAUUUUUAAGAAUUUAGAAGUCGUUCCUCUAUUCGGCGACAUGCAGAUCGCCCCUUUCAACUACAUCAAACGAAGCAAACACUUUGACCCCAGUAAAUGGCCUUUAUCCAGUAGCAAUACUCCCUCCCCUCAGGCUGACUUGAUGGUGCAUUUGCCCCAGAUCCGCGACGACCACGUUAAGUACAUAAGUGAAUUAGCCCGAUACAGUAACGAAGUCACUACGACUUACAAGGAAAGUGGUAGCGACGUCGAAAAUAAAGAAACGGCAGAACUAGCGUUACGGGGGUUGCAGUUGCUGUCGGAGUGGACUAGUGUAGUAACGGAACUUUACUCAUGGAAACUCCUACACCCGACGGAUCAUCACCAAAAUAAAGAAUGCCCUUUGGAAGCGGAAGAGUACGAAAGGGCGACUCGUUACAAUUACAGUGACGAGGAGAAAUUCGCGUUGAUUGAAGUAAUCGCGAUGAUAAAAGGGUUACAAGUGCUGAUGGCGCGGAUGGAGACCGUUUUUACGGAUGCUAUUAGGAGGAAUAUCUACGCGGAGUUGCAGGAUUUCGUGCAAAUCACGCUGAGGGAGCCGUUGAGGAAAGCGAUAAAGAAUAAGAAGGAUCUUAUUAGAAGUAUUAUUAUGUCGGUUAGGGAAACGUGUGCCGAUUGGCAACGGGGCGUGGAACCUUUGCAAGAUCCGGCUCUAAGGGGCAAAAAGGAUGAUAACGGGUUCAACGUUAAAGUGCCAAGGAGGAACGUUGGCCCUUCCUCCACACAAUUGUAUAUGGUAAGAACCAUGCUAGAGUCUCUAAUUGCUGAUAAGUCAGGCGGGAAACGGACACUAAGAAAAGAUAUAGAUGGACAGUAUUUGAUGCAAAUUGAUCAGUUUCAUAAAACGUCGUUCUAUUGGAAUUAUUUGUUGAGUUUUAGCGAAUCGUUACAGCAAUGUUGCGACUUGUCGCAACUGUGGUACCGAGAAUUUUACUUAGAGAUGACGAUGGGUAGACGGAUUAACAAAUGUACCGUGCGACACAACCACAAUGAAGAAUGUAGUGAUUUGAUCACAAUGGAAAAGCGUAUACAAUUUCCUAUUGAUAUGUCAAUGCCUUGGAUUUUAACUGAUCAUAUUCUAAAAACUAAAGAACCGUCAAUGAUGGAGUACGUGUUGUAUCCCCUCGAUCUUUAUAACGACAGCGCUCUUUACGCCUUAACCAUCUUUAGAAAACAAUUUUUGUAUGAUGAAGUAGAAGCAGAAGUCAAUUUAUGCUUUGAUCAGUUUGUUUAUAAGUUGAGUGAGCAAAUUUUUGCAUAUUAUAAACAACUGGCGGCUAGUAUUUUCCUUGAUAAACGCUUUAGAGUCGAAUGUGCCGCUUUGGGGGCCUAUUUGCUCCCGUAUCCCAGAGCAAACCGCUACGAAACGCUAUUAAAACAAAGACAUGUACAGUUGCUAGGGCGAUCUAUAGAUCUCAACAAACUAAUUACCCAAAGAAUUAACGCAGACAUGCAAAAGAGCCUCGAUUUGGCCAUCAGCAAAUUCGAAGGUGGUGAUAUAACUGGUGUGAUGGAACUGGAAGGUCUUCUACAAGUCAACAGGUUAUGCCAUAAGCUGUUGAGCAAAUGGUUAGCUUUGGAUGACUUCGAUUCCAUGUAUCGUGAAGCUAACCACAACGUUUUGGCGCCUUAUGGUAGAAUUACUUUACACGUUUUUUGGGAACUGAAUUAUGAUUUCUUGCCCAACUAUGUUUACAAUGCCGCUACAAAUAGAUUCACGAAGUAUAGAGGACAGAUUGCUUUUGCUGGUGCUGUUCAUCGAGAUAAGCCUCCACAAAUGUCCCACCAUUACAUGUGGGGCAGCAAACAACUAAAUCUUGCCUAUACUACUCAGUACGGCCAGUACUCAGGUUUCGUCGGUCCGCAACAUUUCCACACAAUGUGUAAACUUUUGGGUUAUCAAGGGAUCGCUGUAGUGAUGGAGGAACUCUUAAAAAUCGUUAAAAGUUUGAUUCAAGGGAAUUUGCUCCAAUUCACAAAAACUCUAAUGGAAGCUAUGCCAAAGCACUGUAAACUACCGCGUUAUGACUAUGGCUCACCAGGUGUGUUGAGUUACUAUCACGCUCAAUUGAACGAUAUUGUCCAGUACCCGGACGCAAGAACUGAACUAUUCCACAAUUUCCGCGAAUUUGGUAACAUUAUACUCUUCUGUCUCUUGAUGGAGCAAGCCUUGUCUCAGGAAGAAGUAUGUGAUUUGUUACAAGCGGCACCUUUCCAAAAUAUUCUUCCAAGGCCGUAUUGUAAAGAAGGCGAAAAGCCUGAAACUAAACAAAAAAGACUUGAAGCCAAAUAUGCUGCAUUGCAGAUUGUACCAAAUAUCGAAAAGCUAGGAACCGCGAAGCAAUCUCUGAUAUCAAAAGAAGGCGAUCUACUAACGAGGGAACGACUCUGUUGUGGUCUGUCUAUCUUUGAAGUUGUUCUCAAUAGAUUAAGGACUUUCUUGGAUGAUUCUGUGUGGGUGGGGCCACCUCCUGCUAAUGGCGUGAUGAACGUAGACGAAUGUACCGAAUUCCACCGGUUAUGGUCAGCGCUGCAGUUCGUUUAUUGCAUUCCAGUCAGCGAAAAUGAGUACACAGUAGAGGAGAUGUUUGGAGAAGGUUUACAUUGGGCAGGUUGUACCAUGAUCGUUCUGCUAGAUCAACAAAGGCGCUUUGAAGCUCUCGAUUUUUGUUAUCACAUUCUUCGAGUACAAAGAGUUGAUAUGAAGGACGAAAUCGUGAAAGGAAUUAGCUUGAAACGGAUGGUGGAUAGAAUUAGGAGGUUCCAAGUCCUUAACUCGCAAAUUUUUGCUAUUUUGAAUAAAUUUUUGAAGUCUGGCGAGAACGAUGAAUUGUCAGUCGAACACGUGCGUUGUUUCCCACCACCGGUCUACCCAUCAAUGAAUCAGCAACACUACCACGCACCAGAACAUCUGCGCCAAUGUUGAAGCACUUUUAAAUAAUUUAUAGUUUGUUGGACUACAGCUUUUCAACAUUUUAUAACCUUUUAUAUUUAUUAUAGUCUUUAUAUAUGUGUAAAUUUCAAAGAUGUAUCGCCCCACCUUCAAUUAUUAUCGGCCUUAUGGUAUUGCUUUAAUUUUUUUCAUAAUAAAAUUUUGAUGCCUG